AUGGCAGACGAAGGAAAGCGCAGGAGAGUGAGACCGUCGAAUUGGUGGGAGGUGCAGGAAAAUGAAAAUGGGAAUGGGAAUGGGGAGGUGGAUGUUAGCAGUCAAAGUACGGCGAACGCGCAAAGUCCAAGUCCAAACAUAAAUACACUGGGUGGAGGAAUUGCAAAGAAAAAGGCAAGACCUUGGGUUCCGGCAGGAAUGAGUGUACCUAGUGAGAAGAAGAGAGGACGAUCUUCUUUGGGACCGGGUUCUGGAAUCGCGAAACAAAACGGGGAGAACGAUGAGGGACAGGGCAAUAUUGAGGUCGAGGCUGAAGAUGAGAAUUCAAGAACGAGAAGAGGAAGAAAAAAUACGAAUAACACAGGAGGAAUAUUGAGUGGGCAUGGCAAUACGGAUGUUGUUGAAACGGUAACUGCGGUCAGUUCCCUGGCGCCGCAGAAGAAGAAGGGUAGACCUGCUGUGGGAGUCGUUGAUCGUGCAGCGAGGAAUGGACCAUCAAAAAACGCGGCGACGGGAAGCCGAACUAAGGGCGAAUCAAAGGCGUCGCAUACGGGUGUAGAGGAAAGAAAGCGCGGAAGAUCUGCGACUGGAAAUUUGGGUACUACAAACAAUCGAGAGAAGAAGAGCAAUGGGGAUCAUAUUGAACCCGAAAAGAGCAAGUCGUCGCGAUCACAAAAGCGCGAUCCGGCAGAGCCCGAAUCAUCAGCACCAGCUCGUAAAAUAAAAAAGUCUUCCAAGAAUGUCGAAGAAGAAUCCGAGAAGCAAUCGAAGCCAUCGGAGUCGAAGAAGCAUGUUAAAAUAUCGGAUGUACCACAAACCAAUGAACCGGAGGCUGGAAAGCCAAAAACCAAGAAAGCUGGACCUCCAGAUAAUUCCGAGUUCACAAGGAAGCGGAAGGAUUCGAAUACUGAUGAACAGCAACCACAACAACAAACUAAACGUCGUCGUGUGGAAGAUUCACAAGAUAAUCGGGCCGAGCGAGAACAGCCAGAGCCGCCUUCGUAUCAACAUCUAGCAGCUGUUACUCGGCGUGUGACACACGAAACUAUCGAGACAAAAUGGGAACCUCUACCACCGGGAUGCUUGGACAAGAUUUCUGAUUUACUGAUCGAUGCACAAAGACCUGUUGUCUUACAGAUUCGCGAUGAACGUAAGAAGACUCAAGCCAGUACAGCGAUACGAAUGAUAAGCCGUCGACUUUUGAAUAGAGUUCGAAAGGGUAUGCCAUUUCCUAAAGGGACAAGAGCCAGUCCAGAAGACGAUUUUGAUUUUGAGAAGAUACUGGAUUACAAUCGAGUGUUAGAGAAUAAACUCACACCAAUUUUGCAUUCAAAUGACCUUUUGGAGGCUGAAUUGAGAAAAGAGGAGAUAUUACUUGAGAGUGAGGAGAGAUAUCUUGCGGAACUGGAGGCAAAUGCAAAGGAUGAAGCGACAAGUAGAAGACAAGCCGCUCGAAAAGCUCAUCCACUGCUUCAAUUCGAGGUUGAUGGCACUCAAAAGGUACUCAACGAUGAUAUCGGUAUAGAUGAGAACGAAGCUCCUUCUCCGAUAACUCUCGACGCCUCGAAAUAUCAAGAUCUUGAAGGCAUUGUUAAAAGCACAGAUGGUCACGUGGACAGUAUCAAGGGCAAUUUACAACAGAUUGAAGGUAUCACCGAUGCUAUGGCUAAGAGUAAAGCUUCUGUACAAGCGGCUCUGUUCAGUCAUCUCGAUCUCGAUCAGUACAAUGACGUUGUUCUGGGUUAA